AUGCAAUCCGAAGUUGAUUCAUUAAAACAACGAAUUUCUGAGCUUGAAGCCGAAAAGGUUGAGCUUGAAACCAAGAAUGCCGAGCUUUUAAAACAUGUUACGGAAGAGAGCACCAAACGCGAAGCUGAAAAUGCUGAGCUCAAAGCCAGGAUCGCCAAAUUGGAACAGAUUGCAGAAAAAAUACUGAGCUUAAAGAUAGAAUCACGAAAUUGGAACAGAAAUAGACGCAGGCUAUUACUAAUAAACAGGAGCCAUCUCCUACAAAAGAUAUUUCACCACUUAUCGAGAACAAUUCUGAUGAGGGGAAAGAAUAUAGCUCAACCUGAAUUUUCAACGGAGCCUGAAACAUCUACAACUUCUUUACCACAAGAUAUUAUCCAUGAUUCAGCUGAGAUCCUUGAUUUUGUAGAAACGAUGCACAAGGAAAGGAUUAGUAUAUCAACCCAAUCGACACCUGAACCUCUGGACUCGAAAACUGUGAAAAAGCUUUGGAAUCAAAAUCAAAAUAAAAGCCAGGACAAAACGUCCCAAUCGCACAAGAAAAAGGGAACAGAGAAUAUCGCUCAGGCUGGCCCUGCCGCUCAAGAACUGAUCGACCCAACGCGGCGCUCACGCCGACAACGAAACUCUGGCCGCAUACCUCGAUCUAAUAACGAAUGGUAA